AUGUCUGAAUCAACAAAAACAUCGUCAACAACGACAACAAAGACAGCAUUAACAGCUGGUCGUCGUCGUAAACGAGCUCAACAAACUACUACUAAUUCCCGAUCACCAUCUCCAGAUACCUACAUAGAUCUGACAGUAGAUUCGCCAGUAUUACCAAGACAACGUAAACAAUCUUCAACCAACAAAUCUCAACCUACCAGAAAUAACAUUGAAAUUCUAGACAAUACAAUAAUAAUUGACGAUACAGAUACAUCACCAGCAAGGUUUCGAAAAAAAUGUCCAGUAUGUAUGGCUCCGUUAAUCCCAUAA